AUGACAACGCCGUCCAUAGCCUUUAAAUGUAUAACUGAUCAUUCCCUAAUUCUUACAGGUAAAGUGGAAGUAAUUGAAAAUGAAAACCUUCCUGCGGUGACCAGUCUUGAAGGCAGAUAUUUCCUUUUCCCAGAGGAGAGUGUUACAGAUUAUGUCCUGCUGACCCCGAAUCAGCCGAUGAGCUUGACCUCCUUUACCCUCUGCAUGAAGCUGGCUUUAAAUGUCUCAGAGAACAGGGAGACCAUCCUGUUUUCCUAUCGUACCUUAUUUUAUGAUGAGCUAAAUCUCUGGCAGGAAAGUAAUGGGAACGUAGGGUUUUACAUGAGUGGGGAGGGACUAAUGUUCCCCAAACUGGAUCAUAGCAAGGAAUGGAACCAUCUUUGUCUGACUUGGGAAUCCCGGAGAGGUCGAUGUGAAUUGUGGAUCAACGGCAGAAGAUCCGGGAACAAACUCUACCGAAGGAGACAUACCGUGCGUGCAGGCGGCAUCGCAAUUCUGGGUCAAGAUCAAGAUGAACUCGGCAAUGGCUUUGAUAAAUCUCAGAGCUACGUCGGAAAUAUUAAAGAGCUGAACAUGUGGAACAAAGUGCUCUCAAUAAAGUCCCUCCGAAAAGUAUUUAAUGGCAAUGAAACCCCAAAGGGCGAGGUUUUUGAUUGGAGCAACUUGUCCUACUCCACAAAGGGGAAUGUAAAAGUCAUUUAACAGAUCAGUCCUGGCGGGGACAUGAUGAAGAAGGCGAGGUGAUCAGUGGUGGAGAUUCAUUAUUCUGGUGGUUUAUGUAGAAGUCACACAAUAAAAUCAUCAAUAAAUUCUG